AUGGGGCCCCCAGAACCCCCAAGCCUGCCCGCUCUAAACAGGCUCCGCACGCGCAGCAUCGCAACAAAGCGGACCCCGGGGCGAGACCCUCCGCUCGGGCAUCUCCAGGGUCGCCUCUGCGGCCCUCCGUGGCUUUGGCCUCACGCCGUUCCGGUCGCCACUGCUGUGCGUCAUCGUCCCGCGACCGGCGGCCUGGGGCCCGGCGGGGGUCCCCCGGGGAGAACUGUCUCUGCGCCCGGGGUGCGGAGGCUCCAGAGCCAGCCGCCUGCGCCCGGGAGCGGGCUGGCGAGGCCGAGGCCACCGCGCCGCGUCUCUUCGCCGUCCCACGGGCCCCCGGGCUGCGCCCCGAGACUGCGCUGGCGUCGGACACUGCGCAGGCAAAGAUGCGGGGGGAAAGGCCCGGACGCGACGGCGCCCCGGAGCGCCGAGAGAGAACGGAAAGCGGUCGCCCUCGACCUCAAACCCGAAGUGCUGCGGCGCAUUGACGUGGGCGAGCAGCUCAGCCAGCACGCGGCGGCAACCCGAGAUCACGGAGUAAAGGUCAAGGCGAGCUCGCCGGCAGCUGCCCCGUCGGGAGCCUCCCGGCCCACUCGCCAUCGAAGUGGCAUGGAGAGUGUGGAGCGGUUGUCGCACGGGUGGCCGGAGACCAGAGCCGGCGAACCGUGCGUGAGCGUCACCGCUGUUCAGGAGAAGGCCAGGAGUUUGACGGCUGACAGUGAGCAGGGCGAAAGCUCUCAAGCAGAAAGGUUCAGUGCGAGUAAAGGGUGGUUUGUGAGGUGCAAGGAGCGCCGGUUUGCCCCCCUUCGGGAUGAGCAGCUCGGCCGGCAACACGAGCACCGACACGGAUGUGCUGAGGCGCAGCGCAUUGUGGAGGAAGGCGGGUGCACCGUCCCCCCCCAGCAGGUUUUCACUGUAGUGGAGACAUUCUCUGUUGGAAGAGAACGCCUGAAGGGACAUUUGACUCUGCAGAGGAGAAAGUCGAGCCCGGCUGGCCAUCACCCAAAGACCGCUUGAUGCUGCUGCUUGGUGGCAGUCCUGCUGGGGACUUUAUGGUGAAGCCCUUACUGGUGUGUCGCACCGAGAACCCCACGGCUCUGUGGGGCUACUCCAGGCCAACUUGCCUGUGAUUUGACGCUCAAACAGAAAGGCUUGGGUACCAAGAGCAUCUUUCACGAGUGGGUCGCAUACUUUUUUUGUCCUGCUGUUGAAAAAUACUGUGCCCAGAAUCGUCUCGCCAACAAAGCUUUGCUCAUCCUAGACAGUGCACCGUGCCACCCCGUGAACCGGCGACCUGUCUGAUAACGUAAGGGUGGAGUAACUCCAUGGGACACUGCCGACUCCAUCCAGCUCAUGACUCAAGGUUUCACCUGUCUUCAGAGCUCAUUACCGGCGAAGAACUUUCGAGCACAUCGUGGAAGCAACAGAUGGGAGCACCCAGCUGUGAUCAGGGAGUUUUGGAGGAAUCACAGCAUCAUGGAUGCCGUGGCUUGGGAGGCGCUCAGGCCAGGGACAGAGAACGGUGCUUGGCCUGAAUGCGUCCAGGUCCGCGGUGUGUCCUCGACAGAUAACAUCGCACAACUUCAACAGGACAUUUUGGUUCUGGCUGGGAAGGUGACUCUGGAACAGCUGGUGGAAGCUGAUGUGGACCGUCUGCCGCAGUCCCACGAGGCCCAACUCAAAUGCAGAGCUGAUGCGGCUGGAGCAGGAGCCAGCCACAGAGGAGGAGAGCGAGGACGCCCCCAGCCCUGCGCCAGCCAACCGCAGGCGCGUGCUCAGCAGCCUUCGUGCCCUUGGAGGCCGCUUGCAGGUGCUUGCUGAUAGCCCAGACGGGGGUGGAAACGAAGCAUUUCCAGAGCAAUCCUGAUGCAGUAAACUGCUCCAGGGAAUUGUACAGCUCACGGCAGCUGUCUGAGGCCGUUUUCUGGUGUUUGUGACCUCUCAAAACCUGGGUGAAAAAUUAGUCAGGCCAAGAGAAACGCAGAUCUCUUUAGGGAGAACGAGCAUUCCAAGUAAGGUCAAAGGCAGUUGCCAAGAGGCAGUGGGGGGGCAGUUGCACCACAUCUCACAGAUAAUAGGCUCACGGGCCUGAGAAGUUCUUUUAAGAAUGUGGAAGAAAAGUACCAAAAUGCAGUAGGAAGUUGCGCAAAAGAAAUAAUUUAUAAAUAAGGCAGACCUUAAAACAUGAAAAGUUAAAAAAACAAACAAAACAUGAAAAGUUCAACCUUGCCCAUAGAGAUGCCAAUGAAAGCGUGUGCUCCUGCGCCGCUGCCCGGAUCAGCAAGGAGGCAGGUGGGCCAGGACACGGCGUCUGACCGCAGCGAGGGCUCCGUGAGGCUGCGUGUCAGCCCGCCAGGAGGGCGACCGUGGCCCUCCGAUGAUGAAUAGGUCCCUCACUUCAUCAGCUGCCUCAGAAGCUACGCCUCCAAGACAGUAUACACGCCGAUGACCGACUGCAGCCCCUUAUCACAAAGCCUCUGGGCUGGUGCGGGCGCAGAAUGCAGCACACGGUAGACCCAGCGGUGGCCUGGAGCAGAGGGCGAGGCGGGCUGUGCCCACUGAUGAGCACUUUGCACCACACACGGUGACCGGGAAAGAGCCUACAUGCAAGAGCCUAGCUGCUGCCGCUUGUGAGAGAAAAGAGGAAGUAAAAUAUGCACGUAUCUUACGUGUGAAAGAAGAAACAGGAAGGAGACAACGGGAACUAAUGGCAGGGAGGGGUGAUGCUCAGUUGACUCUUUACCUUUUGUAAAAUUCAGACUUUGGAAGCUUGUUAAUAAAAGAAGCAGAAAUAUGGAUUAGGACUAACCCAGGGUUGAGCAGAUGACUUUAUGGUGAACCGGUGCAGGUUACUGACUGCGAAGGAAAGACGAGAAGUUGAGCAAGGGGUGGCAUGGGCCUGGGCAGGCUGGAGCCCGGAACACCGGGUUUUAAGCCUCUGGGCAGCCACAGAGGGACAGAGGGCACCUUUUCUAGCGCUGCGCAUUGACAGGCUGCAUCCUGUCCAGCAAAUACCACUGUCCACUAAGUGGCACUAGCACCCGGAGAAGUGGCUGGUUUCAGGCAGGGCUGCAGGCGCAGGAAAGCCUGGGCGGCCUCGCUGUGGCAGCGAGUGGCUGGAACACUGAGCACAUUUGGGGUGACUUGAGCAGCACAAUAACGAGCUGCAGGAUGGGGUGGUGGCGCAGUAACAGGCCGUGAAUGUGGAGAAGGGAAAUCCCGUCAACAGACGCCCGCCCAAUGCGGACGGAAUGUCGGGAGGGGAGAGUCGCCGGCCCUCCAGUGAGACCCCGCAGCUGCGCUGCGGUCUCAGAGCUUCUUCCACAAGAAACCCCGGAGCCACAAGCUGUGUGAUUUCAUAGCAGGAAGCCCCAGCCUGCCUCCGGGACAGCGAGGACAAUGUGCCCUGUGGGGCCCAGAACCGCCGCCGGACGCGGCCUCAGGCCCAGCGGGCGAGGCUGUUCAGUGGCGGCGUCUCGGGCCCUUGCUGCCCUCUGCCGGGAGGCGGCGCCCUGGCUUGGACGCAGGGACAGGCACAGCAGGGCAGAGGCACCAUCUCUGCAACUCACAUUCAGGCGGUUCGGGGAAGCGGGCAGAGCAAGAAGCCAGCGGGGAGACGUCGGCAUCUGGGGCCCAGGAGGUGGACAGGGGGUGGGGGUGGCCUGCGGCCACUCUUAAUUCUAAGUUUAUCAAAGAGCGCCCAGGCGCUUCCUGACUGGACGGGCUGAGCGGAGGCAACUUCAGCUUCAGCCCUUGGGGGGCUUCUCCCCUGGCUGGACCGGCCUACUGCCCACUGCCCUCUGGCCAAGCCCUGGCGAACACCUGGACACCAGUGACAUCUGAGUCACAGUCCCUUCCAGAUCCAGCCAGACUACAGGUCGUAUCUGCAGAGCCCCACACAGCUCGAGGCAACCUGGGAGGGUCGGGGCCUGCGGCCCAACACCUCACAGCAGGGCCCGGUGGCCUGCGGGGUCAGGGCCCCAGGACAGCUCACAGACAGUUGUCUGCGAGGCAGGCUCCACUCUGCCUGGGCCCCCAGGUGUCUGCCGUUGAGGCGCUGC